AUGCCAGGGUCUAAAACGAUCGCCGUGAUCCGGGGUGGUUCGGUAAGUGGGCGAGCGCGUGGCGAGGAGAAGGAGGAGGAGGAGGAGGAGGAAGAGGAAAGAGAAAGAGAAAGAGGAGGAGGGAGGAUGGAGGGAUGGUACCCUCCUCUCCUGAAUGGAGGGAAGACGUCACGGCCCAAGGAUGACCUCUCGUCCCCAAAUCAGUCCAGUCCAGUCCAGUCCAGUCCAGUCCCAACCCCCGCGACGGACCAGGACCAGGAGAAGAUGGUUGAGAGGGAUGGAAGCGAGAUCCAGAUCCAGAUCCAGAUCCAGAUCCAGAUCCAGCUCGGGCAUCAACCACGGAAUGAGACUGGACAUGUGGAGUAUGAGUAUGAGCUUGCUCCCGAGUACGCAGUAGCCAGGACGGAAGGGGAGCAGAACUGCAUCCAUCACACAUCACACAUUGCACAUGGCACAUGGCACAUGGCACAUCUCAAAGCCAGCACAUACCACAAACCACCAAACCACCAUGCUAGCGCCCCACGACUCGCCAAACAAAAACCAAAACAAGGACUCCGUAAACCCCCCCCCUCGAAAAAGAGGUGGACCCACCGGCCGAUCGCGGGGUUUAUACCAAUCCGAGUCUAG